CCCAAGAUACUUAUUUCUUUCCUGUCUAUGCUUCCAGGCUGCUUUCAGCCCUACGAUGCUGCCAUUUUCGAAAUCGCUACUACGACGUUAAGAGUGUUAAUGUACUGCUGUAGACUGCUGUAACUGGGAAAUUAUACUAGCACUGAAGAUUUCGAAUGGACUUUGCUCAUAUUUACCAACGGCGUAGCCCCCUCGCGUCCUUAUUCCGAACUGAUGAUUUUAGAAAAGCGUUGAUCCUUCGAUACCCCCUCAAGUUCCUGGGCUGCAGACCAUUCCCAAUCCGAUUUCUGCUAACGUGCUGGCCACGUAGUGGCACUGAUUUCCAUCCGGGUCCGCAAUACUUGGAAUUUUGAUCCAGUGAAGGUCAAACAAUUACCACCCUUCCGUGAAAUAUUUACGUUUGUGAGUAUCAAACUAAUCUAGGCAUAGAAUCUCCUCCUCGGGCGAAUUCAUUCCAUCGCCUUUUUCGAGCUGUAAUGCGCUGCGGUAUUUGCCUUGUUUUAUUUCUUCCUCCCCAUCCAUAUCUUGGGAUCUAUCUGCUUGGAUUCAGUCGACGGCAGGACUCGCGUCUGGUAUUCUCCAGGACCAUGUUGUGGAUCUUCGUAGAACGGUACUUUUUCGGCGAGACCAUGGAUUGUCUGCGGGGUAAAAAAAAAGCAAUUGACUUACCCCAACAACAUGGUACCCAACAGAAUAGUAAAAGCUUCUCGAUUCUCGGACCAAAAAUCGUUUAAACAAACCUUGUAUAAAUAGUCACUAGUUCAGUCAAUGUACCAAUUUCUAGGUCACUCCACCGACUUGGCACAUUUAAAUUAUAUUAUAGAAUGUUCAGGCUUCUGCUCAUGAUUUUCGAAGUGUACCGUGUACUGCAGUUUAUCCGGUGGAGCUCACAUGGUAAUGCCAUUGAGCAACGAAUGUAGCCAAACAACCCAAACAAAUUAAGAAGGUGCCAAGCUUCGUGAAUGUCCACGGCCGUACAGGUUGAUGCGAUCCGCUUGACUACAUCAUGGACU